AUGUCGAAAGGACCAUCAGUGGGCAUUGAUCUGGGCACCACCUACUCCUGCGUGGGCGUCUUCCAGCAUGGCAAGGUCGAGAUCAUCGCCAACGACCAGGGCAACCGCACCACGCCGAGCUACGUGGCCUUCACCGACACCGAGAGGCUCAUCGGCGACGCCGCCAAGAACCAGGUGGCCAUGAACCCCACCAACACGGUCUUCGAUGCCAAGCGCUUGAUCGGCCGCAGGUUCGAGGACGGCGUGGUGCAGUCGGACAUGAAGCACUGGCCCUUCAACGUCAUCAGUGACGGCGGCCGCCCCAAGGUGCAGGUGGACUACAAAGGCGAGACCAAGUCCUUCUACCCUGAGGAGGUCUCCUCCAUGGUGCUCACCAAGAUGAAGGAGAUCGCCGAGGCCUACCUGGGCAAGACUGUAUCAAAUGCUGUUGUAACCGUUCCAGCUUACUUCAACGACUCUCAACGUCAGGCGACCAAAGAUGCGGGCACAAUUGCUGGGUUGAACGUUCUUCGAAUCAUCAAUGAGCCCACGGCUGCCGCCAUUGCCUAUGGCUUGGACAAGAAGGUUGGUGCCGAAAGGAACGUGUUGAUCUUUGACCUUGGUGGUGGCACUUUUGAUGUGUCCAUCCUCACAAUAGAAGAUGGGAUCUUUGAGGUGAAGUCCACUGCCGGAGACACCCACUUGGGUGGUGAAGAUUUCGACAACCGAAUGGUUAACCACUUUGUGGCCGAGUUCAAGCGCAAACAUAAGAAGGACAUCAUCGAUAACAAGCGGGCGGUCCGUCGUCUGCGCACUGCCUGUGAACGCGCCAAGCGCACCCUGUCGUCCAGCACACAGGCCAGUAUUGAGAUCGACUCUCUCUACGAAGGCAUCGACUUCUACACCUCCAUCACCAGGGCCCGCUUUGAGGAGCUGAACGCAGACUUGUUCCGAGGAACCCUGGACCCAGUGGAGAAGUCUCUCCGCGAUGCCAAGCUCGACAAGGCCCAGAUACAUGAUAUUGUACUGGUAGGAGGGUCCACCCGCAUUCCUAAGAUCCAGAAGCUGCUGCAAGAUUUCUUCAACGGGAAGGAGCUGAACAAGAGCAUUAACCCUGAUGAGGCUGUGGCCUACGGUGCAGCUGUGCAAGCGGCCAUCUUGUCGGGAGACAAGUCUGAGAACGUACAGGAUCUCUUGUUGCUUGAUGUCACCCCCUUGUCAUUGGGUAUUGAGACGGCUGGCGGAGUCAUGACCGUAUUAAUUAAACGAAACACCACCAUUCCCACCAAACAGACCCAGACCUUCACCACCUAUUCGGACAACCAGCCUGGAGUGCUGAUUCAGGUUUAUGAAGGCGAGAGGGCUAUGACCAAGGACAAUAACCUCCUGGGGAAGUUUGAGUUGACUGGCAUUCCUCCAGCGCCACGCGGGGUGCCUCAGAUCGAGGUAACGUUUGACAUCGAUGCCAAUGGCAUCCUAAACGUGUCUGCUGUGGACAAGAGCACUGGCAAGGAGAACAAGAUCACCAUCACGAACGACAAAGGCCGAUUGAGCAAGGAAGAUAUUGAGCGCAUGGUCCAGGAAGCCGAGAAAUACAAAGUUGAGGAUGAAAAGCAACGGGACAAGGUAUCCUCCAAGAAUUCCCUGGAAUCUUAUGCAUUCAACAUGAAGGCCACCGUGGAGGACGAGAAGCUGCAAGGGAAGAUCAGCGAUGACGAUAAGACGAAGAUCUUGGAGAAGUGCAACGAAAUCAUUGCCUGGCUGGAUAAGAAUCAGACUGCUGAGAAGGAGGAGUUUGAGCAUCAGCAGAAGGAGCUGGAGAAAGUGUGCAACCCGAUCAUUACCAAGCUGUACCAGGGUGCUGGUGGUAUGCCAGGUGGAAUGCCGGGUGGCAUGCCCGGUGGCUUCCCCGGAGCAGGCGGGGCUCCAGCUGGCAGUGGUGGCUCAUCCGGCCCCACCAUUGAAGAAGUCGAUUAA